CUGAAUUGAAUGGUACCUACCUAUUCUACCGGCUUCUAGAUGCGGUGACAUGUGGGCGGGAUAGAGAUGGUUUGAGAUCGAUCGUCCCAUUCCGUAACAUUGGAGGAGCAGCACUGUCACCUACUGGUUUGGACCUGGUGGGGGGGUUGAGCUUGUCACAGAAAGUACCUGGGACACGGAGAGGGAGUUGCUUGUUCACGGCUGUACUCUGCGAUCAGUACUCGAUGAAAUCUAGGCAGCCCAUGCCAGGUGGUACAGAGUUACAUUUCACUCUACCCUAA